AUGAACGCACGAACAGUGAUGACCCACAUGCCUAAGGCGAGGGCUCUACACACAACGGCGAUACGGCUCGUCAGUCGGCCAAGAGACGCAGCGUCGGCGCCAUCAGCGUCGCAGCCGGUGUUCAAGAAGGAUGCACCCGCGGCUCCUGCCCCACCCGCACGCCCUGCACGUCCCGUUCGACCGACCGCACCAGCACCCGCAGCACGUUCAGAUACUCCGGCUGGAGCUAGUGCUGGUGCUACGGCUAGCGGCGGGAGAUCAGGUGGCAAGAAGGGCUCGGUGUAUGCAUCGUACAAAGCACUGCCGUAUAACACCAAACUGGUGUUCUGGACUUGCGGUGCCAUGUUCGCAACACUCGGCCUCCUAGCAGCGGAUAAGCUGGAGGAACUCUUCCCCGCCCGAAACAACCGAUCUUCUCCUACCACUGCUGCGCCAGCUUCAACAACAGGCGCAAAAUUCAUCGACCACGACACAGCAACACAACAACACAAGGAGGAAAAGAAGCCCAAGCUGUUCAGCAUCUCCGUCGUCGAUCGAUCCCCCUGA